UGGGUCUCGUUACCUCACUGUGGAUGACUUGGUAAGCGGUCAUCCGCUUUAUGAUAAAUAAUGACCCCAAGGGUCCCAAGCCGGCUCCUGGAACCAAGAGAAGUUGCACGAGUUUGGCUUUUCGCGGAAACUGGGGAAAUUAAGAACAGAAGUUAUGAACGGCAGAGAUUUUUCAUCACGUUUUCAAGCUGAGAUGCUACUACUCUUAGUACACGUCUCUAUACUGGUUAAUUAUUGAGGGAAGCUACCUUUCUCUGCACAUUUGGAGAUAAAAUGGAUAAUUCAAGGCGACACUUCGACCUCGAUCCCGAGUUUCAAACACCUCCUGGUACGAAUCAGAGCAGUCCGUUCCGUUCUUUUCAAUCUCUAAAUGACCCGGAAAGCCCAACUUUUCAGACUCCACGGUCAAGUCCAGUGCGUGAAAUAGACGGUAUAGAUGACUCCUUGGAUAAUGCACCGUUAUUAACACAGGAAGAUCACUACAGCGAGAUCACUAGCUAUGGAACAGAAAGGGAGAUCGAACGACCCAGGUCUCUUGUCUUUCCUGGCAGUUCUGUGAGCUUUGAACGCGAGGAUAUGCCAUUAUGGAAACGUAUUAGGUAAGUAUAAAAAAAAUGGAGCUAUAUUCUGUUCCUAUGAUAACACCGCAUUUUCACCGAAAGGGACCUCAAUGCAGCGCCGUAGCUAGUAUGAGGCCAACCGAGGCACUCGCCUCGGUAAAAUUUUGACGAAUUUCGCCGAUCAUUUUUAUUUUACAUAAGCGAUCAUCGGAUAUUUUUAACGCAUCAUGAUAUUACAAAGAAUUCAGCAAUUCAGUCAAUAUACUAUGAAAAAAUUACCAUAUCAUCGAUCUCAAGGGGCUACGUACGUUAACUCAAAUUUUUUUUGAACAAAUACUGAUCAAAACCAUUGGCGAGCUUAACGGUCACCCAGAUUAUGUAGCUUGUUUCUGAUUAUUGCUUUUUAAACUCCACUUAAAUUAACUCGAAAAAAAGUUACCGAAAGGCCCAGAAAACGCUGCAAAUCACAUUUCCGAGAGACUAAAGUUCAAAAUUUCUCGGGGGGGGCAUGCCCCCGAACCCCUAGCAACUCCCACCUGCCUCGGUUGGCCGUUUGGUCUGGCUACGGCACUGCAAUGGAGCACGUACAAUGCUUGUGUUCCAAUCUGAAGGGUAAGGGUUUUAUAAAGCAGUGUAGACUGCAGUAGGGUAUAGAAAUCAGAGGUUUUUGGCCCAGAAAAGGGUAUCAGUUAUGGAAAACUGAUCAGUUCUCUAAAGAAAAGAGUUUCAGGUUUGUAGCCACAGGGUGGGGGAGGAGAGGGGGGCUUGUACACCAUUAAAUAGAGUGUUUUCACAUGACGUCACGUCAGCCAUAUUGGUGUCCCAAAACAAUGAAACAGCGGCCAUGUUUGUGUCCCAAAUUAGUCCUGUGGGAGAUGAACUCUUUUCUUAUGCAAAUGAUUUCUUUUGUUACAAAACAUUUGCAUAGAUGCUGGCCACGUGAGUGAAAACACUCUAUACCUCAGCAGCACACUGAGACAAAAAUAGAUGCCUUUGUGAAUUUGUUCCAAAAAAAAAAUGUAUCAUUCAUUACUGAGCCUCAAGAUGAUUUCUUUUGUUUUAUUCCCCCAAGCCUCGCAGCCAAGCAUGAAUUUAAAUAUAUCGGAAUUGGUCUAUUAUGAGACUUUGGGGGAGGGGGGGUACUAGUACUAAGUCAGCCUUUGUAUCUAUGGGUCAAAGUUUAUAGCUUACGUCAACAGGAAUUUUUGAAAACCAGGUUAGCAAACAUUUUGUAAUUUCUCUCAACUUCCCCUGUCUUAGCUUGUUUACUGCGUUGUUUGCUUAUGUGUCAUCUUUUUCUUGGAUAUUUCGUUGUUAGGAAUUUGUGUAGAAGUGGCUGUAGACAGAAUUUCACAAAUUUUUAUCUAACCCCCCCUCCCUCCCUCCCUUCCUCUUUGGUCUUUUUCCAUUCCUACCCACAAUUCUCUCUCUAAUCAAGUGACAGUUAUUUGAAAUCAUGCAGUGCUCACCUAAAGCUGGUUUCAGUGCUGCUUAGCAGUUUAUAUUUCGUUGUUGGUCAUUUCGUUGAAGUGCUCCUAGGGACCACUAACUUACUGCCUGGCAUCAGAUAAAGGCUUUUAAUCAGCCUUUGAAUGAUUUUUUAUUGUUUUAAAUUGUCAAGUAGUAGAAUUAGUUUAUUUUUUUGCUAACCCAGUUUUCAAAAAUCCAGGUAUAUGUAUAUACUCUUGUGAAUCUAUAUAUUCUACAGGAAAUAAUACUCUGUGAAAACUGCAUAAUUUGCUGUAUAUAAGGCAUUUUGACCUUUAAUUUUGACCUCCAGUAAAUUCUGUGUAAUUUACCAAUUAUAUGAAAGAAGAUCAUCGCAGUUAUAGAUGCAACUUUAAAUAUGCAAUUGCGAAAUUAGAAAGCCUGAAAAAAAUUCAGGCUUGUAUGGGAUUCGAACCCUAUCUGACCUCUGCAAUACUGGUACAGCGCUCUUACGAACUGAGUUAACAAUCGCCAACUGAGAGCAGGUCAUUGAAUUAGUUCAUUAUAAACCUGUGAAAGGAUGAUGAUAAAGUUAUGAAUAUAUGAAAAUCAUCUAUGAGAACUGCAGGCUGAAGAAUUAUAUAAAAGAAUAUAAGUGCAAUAAUCUUCUGUCAUAUAAUAUUCUUCACCCGGCAGUUCUCAUAUAUUAUUUUCAUAUAUUCAUAACUUCAAUUUACCAAUUAAUCAUAUUUUUUUGCUUAUUACAGUGUUCAUUUGUAAAAACUUCUUUGUUUGUAUGUUUUUUUUGCAGAAGUACUUUAAAGAAAUUGAAACCUUGGUUUUUCUUUCUGUUGGCUUUGGCAAUCUCAGUAAGUAACAUCGACAAGUAAAAGAUUGGUGACUAUUCUUUCUGGAAUUUUCCUGAAUAAGCUUAUAGUUGAUAAUACAGGUAUUUAAAAUGACCAUGAUAUUAAUAAUUAAUACCAAUUAAUUAAUAUAUUAAGUAAUUAGUUGUUGUUUUUGUUAAUGUCCAGGUGUUGUUUUGCUUUAAACAAGAAGCUCCUGAUACUGAUAGCCUUAUGGUAGUGGGCGGUUCAUCCGAAGAAUGUAUCCUUUUAUCCAAACUGUAACCUGCAAUUGGAAACAAAACUGUCAAGAAAUUAGGGAGCUUUAGCAUUAACAACUAUGGCAAAGGCAACUAGGCUGGCAAAAAAGCACCAGGUUAGAUAAGGAAAACAACAACUUUGAAUGUGCAUCAUGUUUUCUGUACACUUCUUUGCCAUUAUUGCAUGACUACAAUGUUAAACCUCCUAUAAUUUCAUGUUUCAUGAAGGAUAUAUAUGUGAAUGUGGGAAAACAAUAAUUUUUAUUUAAGUUUUCUUUUUCUGAAAUUUCAUACAGUCUUUCAGAAUUUAACUCCAGAAAAAUUGCCAACAUUUGACAAAUUAAACAAGAUUGAUUAAUUAAUAAGAGCAAAGAAGUUUGAAGUAGCUCAAAAUCACUUGUUGUGUGACUUUUUCGCCGCUGUAGCCUUCGUAGAUGAAGGGGUUGAAGUCCAGGAGCUGUGAUUUUGUUACCUCUGUGUCCUGGGUCCUUAUAAAAAUCCCCAAAGAUGUCAAUUAAUUCAUGGUAGUACCUUUUAGGAUACAAAGAUAUCGUGAUCGAUUGAUUGAUAUGAACAUGUGUUUGUAUUGUAAAAAUAUCCUGUUCAUGUAAUGUCUGUGGCAGUUUAAUAUGGCUGUUGUUUAACAAUGCAUAUUGCUUUUAGUCUUUGUUGUGCUUCAGAAUAGAAGGACUAUAUUUUAGUUCCGUAUACUGUAAUAAUUAUACAGAGUUGGUCUUCCGGUGAAAUGUCUGGCUAUACAUAAAGGCCCAAGCAUUUUCAAGUCAGGACUCAUUUUUUGACCUGGGACUCACUGGUUCUGGACUGGGUUUCAUGAUUUGUCACAAGAUGAGUCCCAGGAUUCACCAUAACCAGGUGCGGAUCCACACCGGUUUCCACCGUUUUACGGAAAUCGGUCAGGUUUUUCAUAAUAAACAUAUUUUUAAUAAUAAUAGUAGAACUUUCCACGUUGAAAUCUGGAAAAUGGACUGGACAAAUGUUUUCUUUUUCCAGUUUCCGGGCAGUAGAGAGAAACCGGGGAAAGGGAGCUUCAGGAAGUUAAAACCCAAAAAAAUUCCUGGGGGUGCAUCCGGACUCCCCUAGAAGCUUGCUCCCUCGGCCCCUCGUUCAGGAAAUCGGUCAGUAUUUAUCCUAGAUCCGCGCCUGAUAACGGUAUUUGUAACUAAAUUACUGUAUAAGUACUCUAAUUUGCUAUACUGUGAUGCUAAUAAUAAGUUAUCUCUAAACUAUUAGCCUUAACUUAAUACCUUGUCCUUAAGACCUUAAACUUAAUCAUAGCGGAGAUGCUGUUGUAGUUGUUAGUGUAUCUGGACCUUUUGUGGAGGAAGGUGAAGACCUAGGUAAGCAUACUAGAAAUGUCCGUGGACUCUAUUUAACAACCUCCCCAAGGGUGGGGUGGGGUACUCCCAUAUAUGGAAUAGAUAGCUAUAUAGGGGAUCGUUUUUGCCCUUGCUGGCAUUAUGAUUGAGGUUUGAUUCCGCGUGUCGCCUUUUCUCGCGUGGGGUGAUUUUCACGCACGCUCGCGUUUCGCUCGCUCUACUAUCCCUGAGGACAACUGGGGGACUACUCGUAGUCUAGGAUUCAUAGCGUAUUCAAAAAUUUCCACUCUGGAUAGCGGACUCAGAAAGUUGCGGUUUCGCAUGCCGGAUUCACCGGAUACGUGUGCACGGAAACAGAAUCCUCAAAGAAAAAGGUGUGGUUUCAAAAAAAUCCGUGUGCGUGUGGACGGGGCCUUUAAGUUAGCAACCGCAACGGCCAUGGCAACUUUAUGAUUGACUUUAUUUGAUUUACCACAAAAUACAAAUAACGAUAAAACAAGACAGUUACACAAAAGCAAAUGAAAGUGGCGAGGAAGCCCAAAAAGAAACCAUGAGGCUUAUAGACAUUGGGCUCCCUCAGAGUAAAAAUAAAGUUAACAGUACCGGCAAGGCCAGGAUCGAAAGUAAAAUACAAUGAAGGUAAGUAUAAAUUAACUAAUUACAUAGACGGGGACGUCGAAAGAGUAAUAGGUUUAAAUAAACAAGACAACAGCUCUGCAGGUGCAUCAAUCUUUUAUGUACAUUUCUUUGCCGUUCCUGCACGACUAUAACGUGAUAUUGGGGAUGUAAAUGCAUCACUACGAAUUUUUCUUUCUCCAUCUAAACUUAUGAUUCACUAUUUUCUGGGAAAUUUAUCUACAUUAGACAUUUUAAAGGAGUUCAAAUAUUCGCGGCAAACUUUGAAAAACAAACAAAAAAACGCGAAGACGUCUUGAUAUGACUGUUUUCGCUGCCGUCACCUUCGUAACUGCUAAAGCUCCCUUUUAGUGUUUUUUUUGCUCUUGAAGGCCCCCAGACUGCUCCAAUGGAAGAUGGGUAAUUCUCCCUUCCUACCUCCACAAGCGAGCUCCCCUUGAUCUAACUUAUUGCCGCCUACUUAAAAUUUUUUCUCCUCCUUCCUUAAAUUAUCUAGAGACCCUAGAAUUCUGUCACACCUGUUUCAUUAGUACUGUAACUUCAAGACUCGACUUCUGUUCAAACAAUUCAGUGUUGCUGAAAAGAGUUUUUAUGCUUGCUCCUUUGCCUUGCAGGUUCAGAGCACAAACUCACCAUUGCCCUUGCAAGAUUCUGUAGCGAUAAUGAUUCAUUCCUUGGACAACAGGUACACGUUAGUUUAGACAUUUGAUUGAUCCAGUCAAACUCUCUUGGUUCAGUAAAUCAAAGUCCGGACAAUCAAGGUUCAACAUUAUACCGUACCGUUCUUGAAGUAUAAUGCAGAAUGAGGUUGCAGUAAUAUAUAACAAUUAUUCACCGAAGUUGAGGUGGCUAGUGGUGGUAAUUCACCUCGCCGCUACGCGGCCCUGUAAACUAGCCACCUCCACUUCGGUAAAUAAUUGUUUUACUAUAUUCUAAAACGGUGAGAUAAUUGCGCACAAAAUGAUGAUUUUUAACUCAUUUACUGUUGCUAACUAUUACAAUUUUGGCGUGCAAUCACCGAACGGCCGUCACGUUUUGUUGCCGACAAAUAAAACUUUUGAAGGCAUUUGCUUAGCUCUUUCUGGGAAAUUUCGUCAAAAGGAGUUGUGAAUUCUCUUUGUAUUUAAGACCAUUCUGUAAGAAAAAGCUAUUAAACUUAGUUUUAAGCUUAUUUAUGAACAAUUCCUCUAACUUAAGACUUAAGCUUAAUUUGCAUUUGUAAACCAAAAACUUUUUCACCGGUUUCAUUUUAAAUUCAAGUCAACCAGACAAAGCUUUACCUGUUAAAACUUCCAAACCGAAUUUCGUCACUUUCUUCGUGUAUUUCGGGAACAGCUUGUUUGAUUGUUUGUGAAAUUUCUUUGUUUUUUACGGCAGCAAGCCGGGAAGCCAUUUUGCUCGUAACUCACGCGAGUUUGGCGUCGCUCGCUCGGAGGAACUGGAGGUGAAUCAGUGAAUAGUGCUGGAUAUUCCGAGGUUGAGCAACCAAUCAGAGCGCGCGAAAAACACUAUCCACUGUUUGUUUGUUUCGUCUUUUUCUCCGGUAUCCUUGGCUGAAUUGUGCCCCUUCUGGCGAGGUUUGAAAAAUCUCCUCACUCUGCACAAGUUAGCGGACAAAGUUGUCCUUGACCGUUAAAACUAAUGACGUCACAAGCGAUAGAAAGCACGUGGACCGGCACUGGCGGUUUACGGGCCGCUCGGGAGCGAAUGGGUUAAUAAAUAGACAUCCAAUUAAAGUUGAGCCUGUGAUUAAUCGAAAACUAGUAACUUGUCAGCGGAGAACUUCAAAAAACGCGUAACUUCGAUAAGUCGACACCUGAGCCCGCAAUAUGGUCAAGUGAUACUAGUCAGUGGAUACGCGGUUUUGACCGCUCUUAAUUGACCACAACCUGGAUGUAUAAUAAGGUUGCAGGCUUCCACACUAGCUAGAAAGUUUAACAUUUAACAUUUGUUUCCCUGUGGUACGGACGGGCGGUCGGGCGUUCGUGCGGUCACGUGAUUACCAAAAUUUUUUUGGAUGGAUAGAUUACCACAUUUUCUUCAGUAUGGGGCUCCACUGGCGCACUUGAAGCGCGCGCGUGGAGCUCGGCAUAAUGUGCAGUAAGUUUUAAUUCUAACGUUUUAAGAUAACACAAAAAUUAGAAAAACAGCUUGCCUGGCCUCCGUUUACUAGCCAAAAAGUGAGCUAAUGAUUUAUCAAGUUUGUAAAAAGUAAAAAGCUUAGCCCGAUAAAAACAGCCAAGUAAUUGGCCGGUUCGUCGUUGGCUAUCGAACAGGACUUUCGCCGAACCUUGUCUCGAGUCUCUGAGCAAAAUUUGCGCGACCAUUCGAUUGAAAUGUGUUUAAACAAUCGUUGAAUGAGGUUUUCGUGAUUGUUGUGUAGAAAACAACGACAAUUAAACACAUCAUUGCACGGUAAACAGUUUGACAUUGCCCUUGGAAAUCAUGCUUUGCACGCGCUACCUACAGAUUGGUUAGGUAUCUGCUAGCAGAUAACUAUUCUGUAGGUUGCACUGGUUUCCAAAAUUAACUGUAGGCUCUUAGCCAAUGAAAAGACAGAUAGUGAACACAAGGUAUAAUAAUAAUACAGGAUAUACGUAUUAUUUCAUGUCGCAUCAGGAAAAUAUUGGUGUCAGCUGUAGUUCUACAUCCAUUGAAAAGAAAAAGAAUAUAGUUACCAGGGAAGUAAGAUUACAGGCAAACUCAAGGUCAGUGUUUUCAUAAAUGUUAUCAUGGUUUUGUUGAAUUCCAGCCAGGACUGCAAAACAGUCGUUUUUUAUUCUUCUCAAAAUCGGUUUACAAGGCGCGAGUAUAGUCCGGGGGUACUUUUAGUUUGUGCCCCCACCUUACAAACAUCUGUAAAAUUUCGCGACUUUGAGGAUAUAUCUUUGUUAGUUUUCAACAAAUCAUUUUCAAACUUGGUUCGGUUCCUAAUUUUAAAGGCGCUCUUUCCAGCGGAGUCGACGGAUUUUCCCUAACUUGUCCAUCAGUAAAACUGAAAGAAAACCGUGGAAAGGUCGAUUCAAAUGCAUGCUUAGUAGUUUUUGUUGUAUGUAAGUAGCAUCCACACCAGAGGGGAAUAUUUGCGCAGAAUUCUGCGCUGUUAUCAUUAUUCCUGGGACACAAAGCAUAAUUCCCAAGAACUUCCCUGUCAUUGGCGUUUUCUGGCCAUGUGCUCUGUGCUCUCACCACUGCGCCACCUUGCUUCCUCAUGAUCUGCUUUGUGUGAUUAUUUGCAGUGUUACGCAUUUAAUGAUGUUUUUGAACACUUCCUAUCCAAUCGCAAUUUCCUUUAUCAAAUAUGAGGAGCCUGUCACUCUGGAUAAUCAAGUAAGAAAUUUCUCCUAUUAAUUUACUGUAAACUGCCACUGACAAGCUCCCCCCUGUCAAGUUAUAGGUCCUAUCUAUCUGUAAACAAAACAAAACAAAACAAAACAAAAAUUCGAUAAUAAGCCCGCCGGAUAUAUGCCCCCUCCCCUCUAGCUUGUAUUAAAGUGAAGUAGAUUUAUUAUGAACUUUUGCAGCUUAACUAAAAACCAUUAAAUGCAAAACGUAUUUUGAUCAGCAGUGCUUAAGCUUGUAUCGAAGCGCUUUUUCUUUUCCGGUUUUAAGUCCCCCCGGAUAUAAGCCCUACUAAAAGCUCUUACGAAGAUGUAUAGAAGCGGCAGUUUAUGGUAUUUGCAAAAUUUCUAUUUUUCUCCAGAACGUCGCUGACAAAGUGCAAAGUUUCACUGUAGAAAACUAUCAGAUGCUAAAAUUCAAACACCUGUUUAAGAGUCAAGAUAGUUGAUAUUUGUCUCUGUCAGUAAUGUAGUUUAGUUUUUUGUCCAGAAAUCCGUACUGAAAUGAUUGAGGCUAUGUUCUGUCUGUCAAGCAAGGGUCCGUGUUUCUUUAGGUAAAUAUUGACCUUUGUUCUACAUGAAAAGUGGCCAUAGUUUUGACGCCAAAAUGCAAGUAAAAAUUUGCCAUUUCUUUCUGUCAGUUAAAUUGUUCAGGUUUUGUUCAGAAUUCCGAGACGAAUGGAUUCGGAUUCUUUUCUGUCCCAGUUCUGUACAUUAACCCAACGUCUGUGUCGAUUUUAAUCGGUCUUUGUUUCUUGGAAAAUGAUCAUAAUUAUAUGCUUUUAAUCUUUCUAAUACCGUGGAUAAUCUAAAACAAUAUUCAGGUAGUAUUCAAGACAACCCAGCUCUGAAUGCGGAUCAACUCUUACUUAAUGUUUUCGGAGGCAUUUAAUGUCACGAAAGUGGAAGAAAUAAAUUUUGCGCCGGAAGUAAACUUCGAAGUUUUGCUGAAGCUUCGUCUCAAAGCGAACUAAAUUUCGCGAAAAUUUUCUUUCAAUCGGCGCUACAGUUUGCAUUUAACCGAUCCUAACAUAAGCCAAGCGGCCGAAGGUAAAAUAAAAAGUAAACUGUCAAGUAAUGAAUAAUGUAGACUGCGAACAGUCUCUCGUUUUCUUCAGGUUUAGUAUGGGGAGUGCACGCGCGCGCGAGCGUUGAGCGGGGAAGCCGCGAGACGCGAGAAACGAGGGCGUCUCCCGUCUCGCGCCUUCAGUCACGCGCGUGAUCAUUUGCGUGUCUCGAGCGUUUUUCUUGACGGACGAAGAGAAAAGAGAGACUGCUCGUAGUCUAAGAAUAAUGGCGACUCGAUAAGGCGCGGACCAUAAGAAAAGUUAUGGUGGGGUGUGGAACUUUUGGGCUGCAUGAAUAUAUUUUCGUUAACAUUUCCCUUAUGUACCUAUCAAUGUAAAUCCCGUGGGGGGUGGGGGGGGAGUGCGGGCAAGGGGAGGGGAUUUGAUGCCUGGAACUAUCCCCGCUGUCGGGCUUUUGAUCGUGCGAAGCGACCCCGGGGUCGGGACAUUUGACUUUGACCGACAGAAGCCUGAUAUCAAUUCAGAAGCAGUUACCAAGUCCGUCCCUCGAGGCUUCCUGAAAGUCACGCUGUUGGAGAAAGGUAUGAAGUUUUCAUUUGUUUUAAUCGCCAUAAUCCGAUACUUUACACCGUCAUCUAAACAGAUAAUGUCUAUUUUGAGAAAGUUUUUAUCUCCAAGUUCCCAUCUGAUUGUAAAACUCGAUUGAAAUCGAAUUCCAGCGUGAAAGUCAGAGGAUUUUUUAUGGGUCACUGAUCCGACCUGUUCCGACAUGUUGAGCAGAUGUUAUAAAGCAUUUUACGUUUUAUUAAUAUUAUAUAGCACGGUCAAUCUUCCUGGAGUGAUUUUGUUGUUCAAGAUAAGAGAUGCUAGUGGAGAGAUACUUAAUUACAGCGAGUAAUUUAAUGGAGCUUCCGUUAACCGUAAAUAAAGUAGUAACAACGUGUUUGAAAUGUUCUUUUAUUCGUUUUACAUAGUAUUAUAGCAUUGUUUGUUUAAAUUUUUUCCCCUGGGGUGGGGGCUUUUUUUACACUUUUGAUUGACCUUUCGUUUCCCACCCUGGGGAAUUUGAUCGAAAAAUUUUAAAAUUUGUCAAAUCCCCACCCCUUCCCGCACUCCCCCCCCCCCACGGGGUUUACAUUGAUAGGUGCAUUAUUUCUUUAAUUAAUUUUCCUUUGCAUGAACUUUUUAUACUUCGUCCCCCCCCCCCGACCCCUAUAACUUUGGUCCGUCUCUAAAAAGUGUUUUAUUCUUUGUACCUCUUUUUGCUGCAGGUUAUUGGGGCAUUGAUGAUCUUAUUGGGAGUGUAUGUGCUCAUCAUAUUUGAGGUACAAAAUAAAACAAACAAGUGCCUUUUGUUCAUAAAGGAUUUUUAGAAUAGAAAUUUGUUAGAAUCACCAGUCUCCCGCUAUAAGGUUAGCCUGCGCCACAGACGGAACUAAACUUCUGGCCCCGGUUGUUAAAACGUUGGAUAGCGUUAUCCACCGGAUAAAUCACUAUUCAGUGGAUAAGUAUUAGGAAAACCAAUUGCACUAUCUGCUGGAUAGAGAUGUAUCCAGUGGAUAGCUUAUCCACCUUUUGAACAACUGGGGCCUGGUGAAGUCUGUCUGCGAACCAUCGCCAAAAUCCUUUUUCUUGACCCUCGCUUUGAAUACGCGCUAUGAUUGGACUGUUAAAAAAGCCAUUGCCCAUUUGCUAAUCAGAUUGAAAGGAAAUUCGGGACGCAUUUCCCUUUAUUCGUUGAGCCCGCUUGAUGCUCAGGACAUGGAUCUCAGGCUACUUCGCAGACGCAGUUGUCCCUUUCGUAAACGGUCGCUGCCAUUUUUAAGACACUUAGAAAAAUUUGACUGUUAUUGAAAGCGCUUACAUUAAAAAGAAAGAAAAUCGCAACUCAGGGUCGAACCUGAAACUCGGACCCGGACCUUGCAUACCCUAAUCUCUCUUCCCUACCACUACACUACCACAGCCGACCCGCCAAAAUUCCGAAAUGAAAUUCAGUACAUACAAUAGCAAACUGUCUUUCGUAACUGUUACAUCAAUAACAGAUGACCCUAGCCCCUUGCAUAAUUUUAAACGCAAACUCAACUUGGGCUUUAACUUCGUUCUUUCUAAGAAUAUUCAAAAACGUAUUAUUUACCUUAUUGUAACUAAAUCCAGGGAAUGUAUUACAUCCAUCAUGACUAAAGGCUUGGUUACCAAUGGUGGCAUCGACCGUUUAAAAUAGAGACCUUUAGGUUUGAUUUCCACUGUCGUGUAAUUUUUACGUGCGUACGUGCGUAAAAUUUACGUUCGCAAAUAAAAUAGAGGCAAUGUAUGAAAGGUCGCAUGAAAGCGUAAAAGUAGAACCUCGCGGAACUUCACGUUUAAUCUCAACACUUUAUAAUUAAUUAUGAUUAAAAUUUACGUGCGUUAACGUGCGUAGCCAAAAACGUGUCAGUGGAAAUCAACCUUUAGAUUCUAGGACGAGAACGACUACGAGUACGAGAUUUGAUUUAAAGUUUUUCCGCGUAUUGUCAAAAAAUAGACACCCAGGAAUUCUUCAUUGUACUUUUUUUUCACCAGAAAAGUUAGCACUGUUAUCUUUUUUGAAGGAGGUCAAGACCUCUCCCGAUUGCAAAAUACUAAAACUUCUCACAUUUCAGUGAUAACUUGUUCCCGCCACUACGACACUCUCGCUAAAACUCGUAGUAGAAUGACGACGGCUACCACGUUUUCCCGCCAAAAUGACGCUGGUUCACGCGCGAGCACUACUUACUAUUCAGAAAAUCUCGUACUAUUAAUGUCGUUCUCGUCUUAGAACCUAAAGCUCUAACGGCAACGGCCGUUUAAGAAAAGAAAUUAGGCUUCGCAGAGGUUUCUAACGGGGCUUAGGUUACGUCUGGGACAAAGGCUACUACUUUAAAGUUAGUCGGCGUGAACUUACUGUUAUUCAUUCUAUUAGGAAAGAAAUGGUUCUAAUUGUUUGUUUUGUAGCUUGUUCACAGGGCGACCGCUGCAAUGGUGGGAUCCUUAGCUGCACUUAGUUUCCUGUCAUACAACAACCGGGUAAAGUUUUAAAUAACCUGUGUACAGCCCCGGGGGGUACUCCCUUAUACAAGCCAUAUCGGUAUGCUCCGCCCUAAAGGGUAGGGUUUUUGCUCCGUUUUGGUCUGAAAACGUGUAUAGAUUUUGCCCAUUUUUGUCCGGAAUCGGGUAUGGUUUUUGAGGGAACUACGAGAGUGUAUGAACGUAUUAAUAGUUUCAAUUCCAAAUGAGUAAGAAAAAAGGAGAAAUAUGCGAAUUCGAAAUGGAUUUUAAGAAAUCUUUUAUGUCGCUGCUCUAAUCUAAGUAAUAAUGGCAUAAUUUUUUUGCAAAAAUGAUAUUUUUUGGUCUGAAAUAGGGUCAGGAUUUGGAGGAUCCGGGCGGCACACCCCCACCAAAGAUUCCCAGGAGUAUCCCCCCAGGGUGUACAGUCGCCCCCCUACCCUCUUCUCCCUUUUUUUCUAAGGGAAAAAUGGUUAUAGUCACCAAAUAGAAACUUUUUACAAGCAGUGUCUGACCUAACUAUGGAGAAUAGGUUCUUCCGUAGACUAUAAUUGCAAAAAACUCUGGCCUGAUGACCCGGUUGUGAUGCACAUCGAUGGGAAGGUACACAUGAGAUUAUCGCUCGGCGCAAAUUUCCAGUUCUUGCGCCAAUUUAACAUUCUCGCUUCUUUUACCGCUCCUCACAAGGAAAUACAUCGACGAUACUUGAGAAUUCACAAUGUUUGUGUUACCGCAUCAAACUGCAAACUAGAAAACAGAAUCUACGCAAAAAAGCUUCGAGCCAUGUUUACUUCUAAAACCACGGGCAUUCGAAUGACCAGCGCAAACAUACGACCGUUUCAUCGUCUUUAAGUUUAUACUAACAAGAAAACAAUCUCCCUUCUCUUUCUUUGUUUGAUGCAUUUCCAGGGUUCGCACAGUCUUAAAAAGUCCUUGAAUUUUAGGGGAAGUCCUUGAAUUUUCUUCAACUUUGCUUGAAUGUAGUGGCCUGGAAAGCGUUGUUUUGAUGCUUUUUGGUUGUCUAAGACAGAAUAUAAAUCAUAGCUCAGAGAAUUUGAAGGUUAUUUACGUAAAGUGCGCUAUGUUUUAUGCAAUAAGUAACUAUCAACUUAAGGCAAGUGAAGUGACAAAUGUAGAGAAGUUGGUGAAGCAAACAGUUCAAGCCUUAAAGUCUUAUUAGAAUAGACUGGGAAUAUGCAUUUUUGUACCUGAUCUGUGAAACUAUAUUCCUAGUACGUGGUCCUUGAAAAGUCUUUGAAAAAUGGUUGCAUUUUUUUGUAUGAACCCUGAAUGUUCUUUUGUUAAUUACCCAGAGACCCUCGUUGGAGCUCAUUUUAACAUGGGUUGAGUGGGAGACUCUUUCACUGCUGUUUGGAAUGGUAAGUGAAGAGUCUUACGUACUAGUACAAUCGGAUCAAUUCAGGUUACUGGGAAACUGCCCACCUACCCCUCCCCUAAAUCAACAUUUUGCCUAAAACGAGAAGUAAGUGUUAAUGUUGGCUUAUGGGAGGGAUAGGUGGGUAGUUUCCCAGAAACCUAAAUUGAUCGGUAUAAAUGUAAUUUGUGAUUACACCGUAUUAUCAUAAAUUACUAUUUUGCCGGCACGUAUCAGACGUCUGGGGAGGGUGUUAGUGCGCAGUGAGUCAUGGGAUUCGAGUUUGUAAUUCGUGGUCGUUAGGAAGGUGAGGCAUUCUACGGUCAGCCUUCACCGUGUUAGGUUGCUUUUCUCUCUUUUAUUUUAUUCGUGUGUUUAUUGAUGUUUAUAGUUUAGGCACUAGCAUACCCUAAAACCCCAAGGGUUGCACCACUGCCUUGGUCGGGGGUACACGUUCCCCGUGUUUUUUCCACCUGCUGGUUUUUUGGGGUUUUCGUGUCCGGCUUUGGUGCUUCUGUUCUUUCGUUUAUAGAUAUUACUUGAUAUUUGUACAUAUCUGCAUAUAUGUUGAAUAAACGGCACGGGGGCUUGGCUGGCCCACGCGCCCAUAUAUGAACUUUGUUGUCUUGUGUGUACCGGUUGAGUAGUGGAGGCAAAAUUCCUUGCCUUGGAAACUGCCCACCUACCCUUCCCCUAAGCCAACAUUAACACUUACUUCUCGUUUUAGGCAAAAUGUUGAUUUAGGGGAGGGGUAGGUGGGCAGUUUUUUAAAACCCCCUUACUCCCAAAAGUGGCGUAGGGCAAAACUCAACAAAAUUUCCAAAAUUUGUUUUGUUUAAUGUUAAAAAACAAACAAACAAACACCACCAGGUGAAAAUAAUGCCAAAGACGUGUCGUUUGAAUGAUCUCACCAUUGGAUUUAGUCCACAGACUCAAAAGCUACAAUCGUGAACAAAAGUCCUUGGGACAGUGGCUUAAUUAUUAUAUUUAACCGUUAUUGGACUAGGUUGAGCAAAAUAUCGUGUUUUGUCAAUGGCGAGUAGAUCAGCUUUUUUUCCUCUUCUUGCCCGUCUCCUCGUCCUCUCAAUGCUGUUAAUCGCAGUUAAUUCACCAACAUUGGGAAUGUGGGAAGACAAAAUGUACCCCUAUAUGUUUAACUUAGACCGUAAAUGAAAAAGGUACCAAUAAGACCCGCGAAAGCCACUCAGAGGAUGUUGAGUGUUUUUUCAAAGAGCCGACAAACGUACAGUGACAUGAGAUUACAAAUGCAAAAAACACUUAAAGGGUGCAACUGUUACUCUUUUUAAAACAUACUGUAACAUUUUGCUUUCUUACGUUGGCAGAUGAUUCUGGUAGCUGUGUUUGCUAAAACUGGAUUUUUUGACUACGUGGCAUUGAAGGUUUGUGAGUAAAGCAAAUGUGAUGACUGUGUUAUUCAACGCACAAUUUGGCGCCAUACCGGUUAUAAGUAAAAUUCCCCCCUUCCAUAAUUGCCCUGUGGCCCCUUGAAGACGUUAAGCAUGUCUUUGACCACAACACUUAUUGAGGUCAUCGUUUUAAUGUUCCCUGUUGGAGAGGAGGUCGCCAUUUCCCCUUCGUCAGCCCGGAGCCAUGCGAAGGUCCAACCAUUAGCAACCCAAAGGCUUUAUCUACAUUUCUCGUUUUUAAGGCCCUGAGUAUUGGUCCGACCCGAAAGGAUCAAAACCGGGAUAACUGUAAUAGAUUGUUUGUGUUAUUUUAGGCGUACAAGCUGUCAAGAGGUCAUGUGUGGGGGCUCAUUACUCUUCUCUGUGCCUGUGCGGCGGUGAUCUCUGCUGUUCUGGUAAGAUCUCUGGGCCGAAAUACAGUUAAAUUUACAACAGAGAAGUUUUGUCGGUGGCUGGAGUCGUCAGCCAAUAACCGCAUUAGUCUUUUUCCAGUCAUGUAAUGUUAGAACUAUCUUUCCCACGUCCAUUCCCUCAAGUACAGAAAACAUGUUUUGCACAACCAAAAAAGUAUUCGUUAGUGUUCUUUUCUUUCUUUUUUUUGUUUCAAAUAGGAUAACGUGACUGUAAUCCUGCUGCUGACACCUGUAACAGUCACGUAAGUAUUGGUUGUUUUGAGGUCGAGGGUGGUUCGAAUGGCACUAUGGGAUUGUUUUGAGUACAUAAUCGCUUUCUUUGUUGCAAGGUCGUGCAGGAAACUGGGUCAAAAUUUGUUUCCCAAAACAGUCCCAUAGUACCAUUCGAUACAACACCGACCCAGUCUCUUGCAACCUAUAAUGAAAGUAUAAAGCUAGAGCUUGAAGUUAGCGGGAAGAACACAGGACAUAGGUGUCCCAAGUCGCAUUUAUAUAUAAGAGAAACUUAUGACAGUGUCGGGAAAACGUUUACACACCCUGCGACCAGAGCCUCUUUUUGUCCCUUUGAAUGAGUAGGAGAAAAAGAGGUUGUGCCUGAAUCAGGUCAAACCUCGCUAAAGCCUGAACUUCCGAUCUAGUUAAUCUUGUUAAUUAUCGUCAAACUGGUUUUCCGAGCGUGUGCAUCCGUUUAGUUAUAAACCGAUGGUCUUUUCUGAGCCUGCUGUACCAAGUGCACGUUUAUUAGUCCUGUGUUCAAAACUGCGUCGCAGAAUCAAGGAGCACAAGAGUCUUUCUAUAGUAUGCUUAAAGUUAAAGAAAGGCUCUGUAGCGGGGUGAUAUUUACGAAGCAAUAAAUAAAGAAAUAAAUCCGUUAUUUUAAGAAACCUUUGAGUUAUUGGUUACAAGUUCAUUUAUUCACUUUGAUACUUUGAAAGCUACUUUCUAACUUUUUUUGCCAAUUUUAACGAUGGUUGUUCCUGUUUAACAUAUUUUCACUGGACAAAUACAUAAAUGCAGUCAUAAGGAUCCCAUUACUCGGGGCACACAGAGUACUAUUGCCCGCGAAAAUGGAACUUCCGCCCCGAACGUGUGCACAUCCGUAGUAUAAACUAUGAAAGCUGAAAGGGAAAUCCCAGUUUAACGUCAAAAUCUACCAAUUUAUGAUCUGUACCCGGCCUUUUGCUGACUAGUUUGUGGAACUUUAAGGAUAGUCUUGAUUGGACCUUAAAAUGAACGGUGCUGUGAAGACGCCGUGAAAAGAAUGUAACGAAGGGAGCUGCUCGCUUCGAUAGCGUUAGGGGCUCCUGGCCAGGUAUUUUCGAAAGUAACCUGAAAAAUUUGCAUUGAAAUUUUCAGAUUAUGUCAAGUGUUAAAUCUGAAUCCUACUUAUAUCCUGAUAGCUGAAGUGAUAUUUUCAAACAUCGGUGGAACAGCAACAGGUACUGUAACCAUCAACAGUGUUUGAAGAGCAACAAAGACGGUAGAAUUAGUCGUUCCGCAGAAUUAUAGCAAAUAUAGAGGUCUUCUACGACGCCGUUCUCUGGUUCGUCAAGUUCCAUCCCUCUCCACUCACGGUUUCCAAAAAAAAACCGAGCCAUAUUCUUUCCAAAAGGUUGAUUGAUAAAACGCGUGCUGUGAUCGCAAAAGUCUCCAGUUUGAGUACCUUGCUCCGCAUUUCGCCUCGAGGUGUUUCGAAAUUUGCGGAGCUCACCGUUUUCGCAUAGACCAUAAUGCACCUUGUUUACCCCCCGCCCUCAAGAACAAAAAUUGCAUAUCGAUUGUCUUCAAUUUCUCUUGGGACGACUGUGAUACCCAGGUGAAAUCGGAAACAAUGCAUGGUUAUGCAAAAUUUUGGUGGGUAAACAAAGUGCAUUGUGGUCUAUGUGAAAAUGGUGAUUGAAAUGCGACUUGGUUUUCAGCAGGGAGUGGGGGUGGGGGACUGUUGCUUGACGACUCAAAGAGUGGCUUAGUAUGAACUAAGAUAGGCUGAGAAUUACUAUUUUGCACUCUUAUCACCUUUUUGGGAACGAGGUUGUAUAGUUGUUCCGUGUCUAUGUGUGUGUUUAUGUUAUUUAGGCAAUGUAUAUUACACUCUUAUUUUGUUGUCAUUUUCUUUAGCGAAAUUCUACUUCUCUCUAUCACUUUUGUGCUAAAGGGGAAGUAUUAUUUGAAUUGUUUUUGCAUUUUCUCCGUCCCCCGCUUUGCUAUUUCAUCAACAACUGGGUUAGAAGUACCAAAAACGCCCCUUUAAUACAGUUAAGAAUUAGAGUGUGUGGGUCAAACGUAAUGUUGUUUGAUUGAACGGACACCUAAAGAAUGCAAGAAUCACGGUGUUCUGUAGAACGUUAGACCAGAGACAAUUUUAACAUUAUCUAUGCACUGAAAACCACUUAGAAACUACAUGUGUUAGCACAAUUCAAGAUGGCCGCUCGAAGGUUUGCUUGAAGCAAUCCCAUAAACACUCGCCCGUCUACUCUAGCACCCAGGCUUGCUCUCCUUUCUAAAGUGAGCUUUCCGUUAAUGAUCAUGAAAAGUUGUAAAUCCUGAAAGUUCAGAAUUUAUAACCGGUUUAUGAAUUUUUGUUACUACAUUAAUUUUUUCAGCGAUUGGUGAUCCGCCGAAUGUUAUACUGGUUUCUAACAAAGAUCUUAGUAGUCAAGUAAGUGGAAAUAUGCAACCCAUUGGGAGUUUUGACUUUGUCAUAACUUCCCAUCCAUUCCUCAUUUCGUUGUAACAUCCAUUUUUUCCGAGGCCACACUAUAUUUUGUAUAGAAACUAUUAGCCACCGUACUAAUUCUACUCCUGUCUCUGAACAUUCUAACCAAGCUAAUCAUUCCAUCAACGACGUCCUUCUUGUUCCCAACCGUGACUUGGUCAGAAAGGCACGCGAACCCCAUGGUAUAAAUAGACUUGUUGAACUUAAGGUGGCUAAACACAGUUUUGUGGGCGGUCAGCGGUAACUCGCGUGACGGCGCGUGUUUUAACUAGACAAACAAAAAUGGCGGCGAAAAAAGCAAUAGUACACAGAAGACGAUUUCUCAAAAUCUACUCAUUAAAAUUUUGUAAUAUUUGGCAGAAUUUUUUCAUUUAUUCUAUUUUAAGUAAUGAAAACUUUAAAAUGGAAGUUGAACAGACGAAUUUUGUGACACAUUUAAUAAUCACAGUACAAUUAUAUUAUUGAUUGUCUUAAAGCCCUUCUGUUAAAAUUUGGUCAAAUUAGUUUCAAAGGGUAAUGAUUAAUUGUAUUAAGCUGUCUGCAGGUUUAUAGGAAAAUCUAAUGAGCGAAUUUUAAGUAAACUGAGCAAAAGGGAAAUUUUAAGGUUGUAUUCAAUCGUUCAUGUUGCCAUGGAAACUACGAAAACGUCACAUUUUACCUGUCAAUCAAAAUCUUUCAUCAGUAUAUUUUUCACUUGCCAAGUUUCAGCUUGUGAGCUGCAACCUUUCUCUUGCCAUGAUUUGGCAGAUGACAUAUACUCACAAACUGCCAAAACUGUGUUCAGCCACCUUAAUUAGUGACAUUUAUCUUUUUUACUAGCCUUUCAUUGUGUGUUUGCCAUAUAUUCAAAUCUUACCUCUGUAACGUUCAUCUUGUAAUUUGUAUUCCUUUUUUUCACCCCUAUUGAAGGUUUGUGUAGCAAACCAAAAUAUCGGGCAAAUAUAAUUCACCAUUUGAUUUUUGUUUUCUUUCUUUCUUGUUUUUCUCUUACUCUGCCCGCCCUAAGGAUCAGUUUAUUGCCGCUCUAAUUUAUAAGUUGAUAUUGCGAACUUAGCCCAAAACGUUCUUCCAAACGACACUAUUAUAUGAGAGUGACGUGAAUGGAACUUUUUACUUAAUCUAUACUUAAUGGAAACUGGAAAUUUUUAGACAAAUCUGAACAACCUGAAUAGAACCUUUUUACUGGUACGGCGGCCAUAUUGAAUUAGUUCGAUUUAAGGAGUAUUAUGGGAUGCCCAGGGGGUAUGAGCACAUUUCGUUUGUAUUUUCGAGCGCUUUUCGGGACAUUUUUUCUUAAAGUUUUCUUAGAAUAAGAUUGUAAUGGGAAAAAAGAUCCUUGUGCCCUGUUUGGAUGUAAUAAUGAUCGCCUUUUUCUAGUUUAGUAUUAGAAAUAUGGUCUUUCACUGUAUAUUUUUCGGGAAAAAGGCGAUCAUUAUUACAUCCAAACACGGCACAAGGAUCUUUUUUCCCAUUACAAUCUUAUUCGAAGAAAACUUUAAGAAAAAAUGUCGCGAAAAGUGCUCACAAAUACAAACGAAAUGUGCUCAUGCCCCCUGGGCAUCCUAUAAUACUCCUUAAAUCGAAUUAAUUCCAUAUGGCCGUCGUAUCGGUAAAAAGGUCUAUUGCUGACGGAAAAUAAUGUGUUGAUAUUAUAACCCUGUUAGGGAAUCGACUUUGCAGAUUUUACCAAACACCUCAGUGUUGGAAUAGUUUUUUGCGUGAUAGUGGCCUACGUAGUUUUAAGGUAUGUUUUUUACACAGUCUACUUAAUUCUACCUCGAAAACUUCUGUAGCUACAAUCUCGGUCAUAAUUUGUUGAAACACUUCCGGAAAACACAACAUAAACUUAGUAGUUUAAUAAAUACACGUAUGGCUUCCUUCCUGCUCCCUGGUUUCAUGUGUUUGCUUGGGCAUAAACGUCUUCCAAAUCAACAUUGAUAGGGAAAGGAAGGAAAUCGAAGUCUCGAAGUAUCGAAGUCUCUCGUCACGCUUCAAUGCCAUCUGGCCGGUCAAAUCACAUUUUCAGCCCCUUUGACUGUUUUUUUUUGCGGUGCAUGGCCUGAAUUAGCCCUCUCAAGUAUUUGCAAGGGGCUUUUUACGAUAUAUUCAGGAGGCUGAGGUGACGUCGCAGCCCAGCUAACUGGCCUGAAAUUUGUCAUACAUUCGGCUCCUAAACCGGCACAAUGAAGAAUACAUCGACGCUUUCUCAACGGACACCCUCGUAAGCGGCCAGCUUCAGUCGCAGGCACUUUUCUGCUUCCCAAUAUCCACGUUCAAAUUCUUCACACUGAUCCCCAGCAUUUCCUUAAAAGAUUAGUUGGGAGAAUUUGAUGAACGAUCAAAGUGUUUUCCCGUCAGGGAUCAUUAUAUCAAUUCUCAUAGCCUCUUGUCUUGAUAAUGUGUGGAUAUUGCUCUCGGAGAAACUUGAUGUUGGUCACUCGGGGAGCCUGAAGGGUUAAGAAAGCUUCAACUGUAUCACGGUAUUUUUACACUGAUUCUGCUACCUCUGUGUCCUGCGUCCCUAACGCAUAAGAAUCUCCAAAGACGCAAAAUAGUUCUACUUUACAACAGAAGGAGUAUAUUUUUAUUUCAGUAAAAUGUAAAUAUACAGAGUUUUGGAGUCAGAUUAACUGUCUGGUUAAGGUACGGAAAAACGGGCACUGGCAACAACAAUCAUGCAACUUGUUUUGCAACACUGCUUCAAAACGAAUUGAAUAACGAUAUUUAACAAUUAUUCCUCGAACCCGAAUGGGCUCUGAGUCAAUAGCCUAUGAAGCCAAAGGCCGAAUCGGCUAUUGACUCAGGGGCCAUGAGGGCGAGAGAAAUAAUUGUUUUAGUGAAAUCCAGCUUGUUGGUCAAAAAUAUCGAGAAUAAAAAAAAUUUACCUAGUUAAAGCUGGACUUUCAUCCUUUUUUGCCGCCAAAGAGCCUGCGCUUUUCGCUACUAGUGGGCUAUUACAUAUAGCCUAGUAGUAGCUCAACCAAUCAGAACGCAGCAUUGAUAAUAGACCACUAGUUGGAUUUUACUAAUGCGCGUUUUACCACCCACAGGAAACCUGUCUUGCAAAAAAUCAGGUUGUUAACAGGUUUGAACAUGGGUGGUAAAACGCGCAACAUCGCUAGUCAACUCGUUUUGCAGCAAUGGUGCAAAACAAGUUGCACGGGCAGCAAGGCCCAAUUUAGGAUUCUUUGUUUUUUGAACUUGGACUCAUUGCUUAUGGACUCACUACUUGAAACGAAGUUUCAGUUACAGCGGUGCUUUGUUGUGGAACUCUUUACCCGAAAAUGUGAGAGAAAUUAAAUCAGUCAGGAAAUUUAAAGAGCAAAUCAAACAUGUAUUUGAGUCGUCGGACUCUCACUCGGCAGUCUUGCAAAAGAGUAUGUCGAUAGUUUUUAGUCUAAUUAAUUGUAAUUAGAUUUUUACUCUAUUAUUACUGAAGAUUUUACCGAGUUUUAAAUAAAGAAUCUACCUACCUACCAUUACUAUUUGUAACAAAAUCACUGUUUUUAAAUUGGUUUGAUAUCCACUGAUUGAUGCUCUUCUUGCGCUCUAAUAGCCUGUUUCAGGCUCCAAAAUAGUACAGGAGAUCGCUCGCCGUCUUAUUUUUGCGGCGUCACGGACUAUCUGAGAGCCUUAGAUCACACAAGCUAACGCUCGGACUGCGAAGUUAGCUACCUACGAGGGGACUUGCGUACGUUUUCUGCGCUUGCUGGGUAAAUAUUUAAAGGACCUGGACGUUUUGAUAGAAAAUUAGGGUGCUUUCAAACUAAUACCCCCCCCCCCCCAACCACCACCACCACCACCACCAUACCACGCCACGUCUCCUGUGAGAAUCGCGCACAAUGCGUUCCGCUGGCCGGGAUAAGAUCUACCUGCGCUAUAACCAACUGAAAGACGAAGUUAGACGAGGGUACAUUGUGAGACAGUGCGAAAGUAUAAUGUACUGGACAAAGAAAAGAUUGUUUUAUCCGCAGCACUCGUACGAGGGUGAGGCUGUCAGUCCCGUACUGGUGGUUUUGGGUCUAUUUUAGAACUAGAUAUUAAUUUUACUAAACUCUUACAAUUAAGAUGAAUGUUUUUCUAUUUUUCCCUCUGGUGAUGAAGGUUUUUGAUUAUUUUCUUCACCGUCGAACGCUGAAAUUUGUUUUUUUCUCUUCUUAAAGUUCAAACUGACUUUCUCUCUCUUUUUUUUUUUGCAGGCUGCUUUACAGGAAUGUGAAGAUCGUCAAUGAUGACCCACAAAUUAUCGAAGGUACAUCAUAGUUAACAAAUCCAUUCCGUCUUGCCGUGUCUCUGUUCAGUAAAAGAUCACAAGUCUUGAAAAUGUGGUUUGUUGUGCUCAAUAUGAAGUUGCGCAAGAGACUUGGUCGGUGUUUUGUCGAAAUGCACUAUGGGAUUGUUUUGUGGGACGGAUUUGGACUUCAUCUCGUACCCAGGCCCCGGUUGUUCAAAAGUUGGAUAGCGCUGUCCACCGGAAAAAUCGCUAUCCAAUGGCUAAGUUUUACAAAAACUAUAUUACGUUAUCCAAUGGAUAGUGAUCUAUCCGGUGGAUAGCGCUAUCCACCUUUUGAACAUCCAGGGCCAGAUCUCUUGUUGACGAAGCCGAAGCAGAGGUCUAGUCAAAUCCAAUUUUUCCGCGUGAUUACCUGUCAGGAGUGUGACAGGUGAUGUAGGAGUCCAUGCGUGAACUAAAUGCCUAAAACCGCGGCCAUUUUUAGACCUGUUAAACAACGAAUUUGAUAGAGCUGUGAAGUUUUCUCUAACGAAACGAGGUUAUACGCACAUCUUAAGUAUGAACCAACUAAUUUGUAGUUGUUGUUGUUGUUUGAAACAUCAAAUUCAACGCGGUAGUUAGUUUAAAGUUAGUUAUCAUAGCGCGCCCUAAAAGCUCAAAGCAGUCUUAAAAAUGGGUUUUACAAGUUAUAUUGAGACGGAAAACUACUUCUUCAGUGAAAGACUUUGCAAAGAAUAAACUGCAGACGCCACAGCGCGCGCAGGAGACAACACUCACGUCAUUCGCUCUCAAUCAAGACAAUAAAAAAGAACUGAAUUUUCUUACUCGACCAGAUCUCGCCUUCGGCUUUGUAAACAAGAGAUCUGGGGACGAGAUUAAUUUUGACCCAGUUUCCUGGCGGUUGUGCUUGAAUUUAUAAUAGCGUUUCCAAAACAGUCCUAUCUCAUAUCCAGAUCUCUUGUCGACGUCUUCGGUGUUACAGUGACAUGGGCAUCCCCGCGUUUUGGGCCUCUCCAUUCCCAAGACCCUAGUGAUAGGGGCAUCCCCUUCUCAUAUUACCUUAGCGAUUUGGGUUAGGGUUACAGGGGAUGCCCAUAUCACCAGGUGUUUGAGAAUGGGGAUGCCCAAAACGCGGGGAUGCCCAUAUCACUGUGACAUUGGCUUCGUCAACAAGAGAUCUGGUUACGAGAUUAAAUUAAAACAGCCCUACAGUGCAAUUAGCCUUUGGGGCUCGUUCGUCACGCAUUCGUCACGAACGAACCCCAAAGGACGUCUGCGGGGAGGCUAAUAGUACAAUUUGACACACAAAUUCUUUCGUGAGCGACUUCCUACAAACACACCAAAAUUGACGUGCGUCGCUCAAAAACGUAGCUACUUAAGCUCCCUAAUAAUUGAUUCAGCAAGUUAUGUUGUCGUCGUUCUUCGUAGAGUUGAGAAGAGAAGCAGAAAUCUGGAAGAAGUCAGCGGAACGUCUGCUUGUUGUCUCCGCGGAGGAGAAAACAGUCAAACUGUUGUUGAUGCAUAAGGCCAUGCAACUGGAACAAAGGAUCAGGGAUAUGAAAAAAGCAACGUAAGGACGAUUUGAUGAGGGCUACGAUAGUUUUAGUCUUUGCAUUUUGGGUGCUCGCUUACAGGAGGUUCGACUGUAUUGACGUUUAUGAGUUGAAGAGCAAUUUAUUACAAUUUAUGGGUUACAAUGAUAAGGAAGAGGAAACAGAAAAGCCAAGGGAUGAAUUGCAAUAGAAUCCUCGACCCCAUGUUCUAGCAUAUCUCGACUAAUAGUAAACAAUUUAAAAAAAAGACUCUAAAAAAACACAAUUUGACUCUAAAAAUGUUACAAAUAUUCAUUAGUAAAUUAUUAAUAAAAAUAAUAAUGGAAGAAUAGUAGGAAACGAUUAACAUUGCGCACAAAACUUGCAAAGAAUGUUCUAAGCCAUUAGAAUUUCUCAGCUCGUGAGCAGUCUAUUUUUUCUUUCUCGUUUUUUGUUUUUUCUAGAUCAAGACAGGAUAACUUUCAAAAAAGUCUGCGAGAUCUGGAAAAGAAGGUAGGUGCAAGGUUAAUUGAUCAUACUAAUAAUUUAUGAACUUAUAGUGCGCAGCUUAACGUGCGAAUGAUCAGCUGCGCAUUACAACUGCAUUACUUUACUUUAUUCGGUCAGCGGUCAGCGAUGAUGAUGGCGGCGUCUUUUGAAGCUGGCUAGUUUUGUGUUAUUUGUUUCCUUUUUUGUGUGUUUAAAUAAUUUAGUUUCUCGUGUUGGUGUCUUUUAUUUGAAUAUGGAACGAUCUCCCCUUUUCUAUUCGCAAUAAAUCAUCGAAAAUCCUGUUCAAAAAGGCACUUAAAAUUAUUAUCUUGCUCAAUAUUGACUUGUGUGUGUGUUCGUGCGUGCGUGUUUGUUUUUUAAUGAAUAUCAAAGCUAUAUUAGAAUAAAGUCAAUCCUGUUAAAGGGCCGUAAUUAGUUUUCUAUAAUGUGCCCUUCUCCUUUCUAACUUUCUUUUUUUUAUUAUGUACACGUAGUUUAAUCAACCUUGUACUAAUUGAUGUUGUACAACUAAUGAAUCAUCUGUAGGAUGGAGUAAAAAAAAAAUACAAAUACAAAUAGAAGACAAACAAAAGAUAAUGCAUUUAAAAAAAUAACAAUAAAAAGAGUAUCUAUGCCUGCAAGUAAGUAACUGAAUGUAAAAUUCAUCACCAAUAUACAGUUCUAAAAAGAUAAGUCUUACAUAACAGAUGAUUUAUUUUCUUCAAGCUCGUCAGGCUGAUUUACAGCCAAGUGCCCUAAAUAGUCCAGUUUCGAAUUAAAAAUUACCGCUGAAUAUAAACAUUAACGACACAUUCAUACAGGGUUAGCCUCGACGUAAAGUAAAAUAAUCUGAAAUUCUGGCAAGUAAGUGUUUGAAAUUUGAAUAUACACAAUAGACAGAGUAAUAAACAGGUCUUUUUCUCGUUGGAAUUUGUGAAUAUAUUACUUCAGAUUGAGGCUAAGGUUGUAAAAAAUGCGUCUUCACUUCUUUAAUUCAGCGGUCACAGCGAACUCGAAAAUAGACUAUUAAUACAUGUCUCAAGUAUACAUUUACAUAAGGAGAUGCGUCACCAUGAUUCUCUCUUUGCUUUUCAGUAUGUCAUUCGAGACAGAGUACUGUUGAUGAAGAGCUCUGUGGUGAUCAUUCUUGUUAUCAUUUUGUUUUUUAUCCAAUCAUUUGUACAUGGCCUUGAUCUUAAAGUAGGUAUGUUGCUAGGCUUUACUUUACGUUCCUUUAAUCACCAUUGGUUACGGUAUUUUUGUCCAGGAAUUUGAUUGCCUUUGGACCUGGACAAAAGUCCUUGGGACAGUACUGCAACAUUCAUAUUUUUCCGUCGUUUCUCGGUUCCCUCUUAAAACAGUGCAUCAUUUUCGAAAUUUCUUGCAGCUCUCCCUCUCCCCACCCUAUGCAAAGUUGAAACUCGGAAAAAAUUCUGGAUACACGAGUCCAACAUUGUUUGUGGGGGGAAGGGAGGGUCUGGACCUGUUUGACUUGGAAAACGCCACAGAAACGCAAAAGUGUCCCUAGACUUUUGUCCAUGAUUGUAGGCACGGUUUGUGACAAUCCCGCAAAUAAGUUUCACUUAAAACGUCCAUAUGUAACUCACAGUGAAUUCUCUCUUAACCGACGCGCUUAGUGAAAGGACAUUUCCCUGAAAGGGACUCCGAAUCAUUUUGAAAGAUGGUGAUUAUUGAUCACCUAAAACAGGAUGUUUUAUCACUGCUGGUCCUGGCAGUAUUCGAAGAGGAAACCGGGCCAAGUUAACGUUCACAAAGACUCCUGGGACUGUUAUUGGCAACAGGGCGAACAAAUUGGCCAAAAGCUGACCUGCGCGUCUCCAGUAACGAUCCCAGAAUUCUUUGCAAAAACUAACUCUGCCGGGCCCAGUUUCCUCGUUUCUAAAGUGCAAAUAUAGACGCAUGUCACUCGCGAAACUAGUCAAUGCCAAAUCUGACCAUGCGCCUGUCCUUAGUUCAUGCGCCUUAGAAGACUGGAUCAGUGAGUAGGAAGUUGUAAAUAAGGAUUGCAACCCGGAGAGCACAAUCUCGUUCCCAGUGGCUGCGAUGUUUUUGGUCAAGCGAAGGCUCUGGGAAAGAGAUUGGGGCGAGAUUCGUCGACUGUUUCCUCGUUUAUAUUUAAAUAAGCCAUGGGUUCGAAUCCUGUCAGGAUCUCAGAGUUUUUAGUUGUCCCACGCUGUCGUGUAGUUUCAGAUUCGUUUUCUUUUCUUUCCUCUGUCAGGUUGGAUAGCCAUUCUUGGAGCUAUACUCCUCAUCUUGUUAGCCGACGUAACGCACUUCGAGGAUCUUAUGGAACAAGUGGAGUGGACAACUCUUGUUUUCUUUAGUGCCUUAUUUAUUUUAAUGAAGGUUAGCUUGAUCGCGUUCAAUUGGUCUUAUACCCUGUACGUUGUGUUUUCCCUUUUCAGACCACGUGAUGGUACUGAGAACCGUUUCCUUCAGAUGUCGUCCUAUAGACUUAUUUAUAAAUAAUUUGCAUAAUUUAUGAAAUAAUUUGUAUGCAUAAUAAUUUGCAUAAUUUGUAUGCAUAAUUUAUGAAAAAACAAAAGGCAAAUUCCCUUGAGAGUAUCACGUAGUCUGUUUUGGGAAAAUUAAAACAUACAAGCUAAAAAGGUCUCCAGUUUUUCACGUUAACCUGCAAACCGCAAAGGGCAGUUUGGUGUUUGGCGGCCCCUGCUCGUGUAGGUACACGUCUUUAACCUGGAGCAAACUUUGAAUAAAUUUGGUUGAGUUAUUUCAAGUGAAGAGGCCGCCAUAUUGAAUUUCCAGACGACAGCAAUGUUGAGUUUUCAAAUGGCAGCAAAAAGUCCUAUUUUCACUCAUUCACGACAAAUAACACAUAGUCUUGUACUGAAAUGACUGGUCUACAAUACUUUGUUAUCAGUACGUGACAUAAACAGAAAUUACGGAUAUAAAAACAUUCACGUAAAUCACUUACGUGAAAACCCACCUCCAGGUGUUAAAAGCGUGCGUUAAGGAACUUCAAACGCCACUGCAAGGUUUGGUCACGUGACUUCCAGAGUUUUGCCGUUUGAGGUUUCUGCUGAAAGCCUGGGUACCAAAUUCUUCUUAUUAAACUUAGUCAGGAGCCCAUAAGCUGGAGCGAGCAACUUCCAUGUAGUUGUGUCACGGCGUUUCCAUGGACCAGUUUAUUUUAUUAUAAUAAUAAUAAUAAUUUACAUUUAUAUUGCGCAAACCUCUAUAUGAACAUAUUCGGUUGCGCUUUACAACAAUAUCGUUAUAUUAAAUUUAUGUUAAAGCAUGAGAAACUAUUAAAAACUACAAUAGAAAGUAUUAAAAAUUAUUUUAAAAAAAUUUUAGAACGGUUUUGGCACGAUUUUAGAAUAUCUUUAGAGUCCCACAAACCAGUCAGCGAAAUCUAUAGACGUAAAAGUGAUAAUUUUUGCCUUUUAUUGACGCUACGUUUUCCUUUUUGAUAUCUUACACUUCGAAUGCGGUAAUAAACGUGGCGGCGAUGCCAUUUUCGCCGGAAAAAUUGUCCUAAAAUGUGUCUAAAAAUAAACCGGUCCGAAUAAACGCUGUGACAUAGGCCUAGUAUGGGAGAUGCUCGCUCCGAGCUAUGGGCUCCUGACUUAGUUUUACUUUAAAUCUUCAUUUUUGAGAGACUAAGCUCGAAUCCGGUAUACAGGAGUAAAAGACCACUUUCUCCCCCGAUUUAGAGAGCCAGUCAUGCCAUAUUAUGUUCAACGCAUUUUUUGAAAAGCUUUUGUUUGGAAGUUUCUUUACGUGUGUGAAGAAAGUGUUUGAGAGUGGAUGCAGAAGAGUGUCGGUUGCAGAUCGUGUGCCGCAAAAAUAUGGCGUUCUGCGCUAUGUUACGAGUUAGUACCAAUCUAUGCAAGAGCUUUUUUUUGCGCGAAAUGUUGCAUGAUGUCAACGAUGAGCAUAUUUUUUGGGUACGUUUCCGUGCGUACAGGCGCCAUCUUAAAGGCAGGGAAAGAUUGGGAAGAGACCCUUUUACCCCUUUCAGACGUGCUUCAUAUGACCUUGUCACUAAACCAUUCGUUAAUUGCUGUUGUUUCAAGUCACUCGAUGAACUAGGGCUCAUGGAAUUUCUUGGUAACAAAUCGUCCAAGUUAAUUAAGGUAAUUACUGCUGUCUUCUAUAUUUCUGCCCGCCACAAGGUGGAAGGAAAGUUGUAAAUGUGUUUAGGGAAGCUCUCUUUUGCACUUGUUUAAUCAACAUAAAUAACAAUAAUAAUAAUAAUAAUAAUAAUAAUAUCGUUUAUUGUUUAUUGUUUGUUUGCCAUAAAUUGUACAAAUCAAAUAAAAUCUAAUUAUUUAAACUCUCAUGGCGAGGAAGCCCAAGAGAAGCCACCGGGCUUAUAAGGAAUGGGCUCCCUCCGUUAGAUAAUUAGAACAAAAUAUUGUCAUAAUUGCACAUGGGAAAAUCAAUGGCAGAGCUACAGUAAAUCUUAAAAUAAAUAUAUUAGAUAGUCGUACUAAUCAUAUUUCUAGGCUGAAAAAAGCGAAAUGACAAUAAUAAUAAUAGUUAUGACGAUGUUACUGGUUCAUUUAGCUUCCUAGACAGCACAUUAUUUUCUCUAAAGUUAAUUAAUCUUCUCAGCUUAGUAUGCUCCUCUACGAGAUUGUAAUAUCAGCCCAGAUUACAUUGAUAAAAGCGUGAUAUAGAUUAUUUUAUUCUAUUCUAUUCUAUUCUAUCUUAUUGAUGAUGACGAUGAUGAUGAUGAUUAUUAUUAUUAUUACUAUUAUUAUUAUUCUUAUUUAUUUUUGUUAUUUUCAUACAUGAAAGCGAUGCUAGCCUUCACCUUCUGUGAAAAAUUCCGUGUUUCUUUUUAUUUCGAAACAUAUUUUUUCACUGACGACAUUUUUUUCCUCUUUUUCAUUAAGGACAUGAGUAAACACACUGGCAGUUGCGAGGUAUUAACCGAGGUUUUAACCAUUAUUCUUAAAAUGUAAAUUCAUAGCCAAAAAAACCCGGUUCAUGCAUUCAAAUUCUCCUCAGUGGUGUCCACCGAUACGUCUAAUACUAUUUGGGAGAAUUUAUAGUUAUUUACUGUAUUUUAACAUACAAAAUCGCAAUUAAACCUCCCGCAAUCUAUGCAAAUAGUUUAACACUCGGAUUACACUAGUGAGCUUAAGCAACUACGACGACGGCGAAGAGAACAACCUCAAAGAACAACAGGUUUAAUGAUCAAAACAACAGCUCUGUACGUGCAUCACGCUUUUAAGUACAUUUCUUUGACGUCUACUGCACGAGUACGAUGUGAAACCUCCUAAUUUGACGUUUUAUCGAGAACUUGGACAUACGACGACGAACUUACAUUCUUUUUUUUUAUCCUGAAUAAAAGCUGUAAGAAUUCAACUCCAGGAAAAGUCGCCUGCAUUUAACAUUUGGAGCGGGUCCAAAUAGACGCGACUAAGUUUGCAAGAACGCAAAUUCAUUUGUAGCGACGUUUUCACUGCCGUCGUCGUCGUUGCUUAACCCUUUAGGUUCCAAGAGUGACCAACAUCAAUUUUCUCCCAACAACAUCAGCAGAUCAUCAAGAGUAAAGGUUAUGAGAAUUACCUAAUUGAUUACGAAAGGGAGAACGCUUUGAUCUUAAACCAAAUUCUCUUAACCAUUCUGAAAAGAAAUGUAUGGAGAACAGUCUGGAGAAUUUGUAUGUGGAUCUUGGGGCUUAAAGAGUUAAGGUCUGUUGGAAAGCUCCCGGUAUACGGGCUAAGUAUUAGGCUGUGUUCACACUUGCUGCCCAGCACGGUGUUUGACUGUAGUGCUGACUCGCCACUUAUGUAAACACGCCACCCUCUAAAAUUGGCGGGAAAAUAAGAUACCUAGCCCUGGUAUGAGAGAUGAACGUGCUGGGGUUAUGGACUCCACCCCACAACCCCCCCCCCCCCCCUUCCUUCCCACCACCACCACCACCACCUAUAGUACUAAAAAGCUCCAACUGGUACAAAAUUUCUCAAACUUUGUUUCAUGUCCUUGCAGGCCGAACGUGGUUUCGCCGUAAUCGUCAUUUUGUGGGUGUCAGCGCUGGUGUCCUCUUUCAUAGAUAACAUUCCAUUUACAACGGCGAUGGUAAGAAAGUUAAUCGAGAGAAAAAAUUUCAGUUCUUUAAUCCCGAUUUUCUGACUUACAUUUUAUCUUAAGAGACCUUUUCACCCACACCGAAGCCAUGCUGAAUAAAUUCGUUAGACUGAUUAGACUUAUUUUGGGAUGCCCAGAAAAGCUUUUGAAGAAGGAAGGUAACCUUUCUGUGAUUUCUUUUUAGGUUGCAAUGACUGCUAGGUUCCUGAAGUAAGAGUAAAAUUUAAGACAUACUUUUCAAGAGACCAACGAUCAUUUUCAGACCCAAACACAGCACAAAGAUCGCCUUUACUCUUUGGAGUUCCUAAGCCAUGUUUUUUUUACUGGAUCUUUGUUCUUUAACAGUCACGUGUUCCAUCGGUCACGUGAUGUUCCUAAAAAUCACGUGACAAACUCCUCUUUAACUCGGCGUUUAUACUUGUAUUUAUAUUGGCUUUCAGAUUCCAAUCGUCUUAGAGUUAAAAAAGAAAAAUAAUUUACCACUUGAUCUUCUGGUGUGGGCGCUUGCAAUGGGGUCUUGUUUGGGAGGUAGGUAGCCACCGAUUUAAUCAUUUCUUAACAAAACUAGAAUUUGUAAGAAUUUAUUACAAAGGUUAACAUAGCCUGAAUUUCAUCCGAUUACUUCGAGUCGUUAUUACUCCCUCAGUAACGUACGUUGUUGAGAGGAGAAAACGACUCGAAGCAAUCGGAUGAAUUUCAGGCUAAGGUUAAUAUAGAAUGUAGGAAUUUUUUGAAGGAUUUUAGUUCUGUUUGGUCCUGUAGUUUAGCAGCUGUUAUUGUCUCAAUGAGGCUAAACAACAAAUGCAUAAUAAAACAGCUGAGUGAUUUAUGGUUCUAUCAAUUUACUUUUUCACAGGAAAUGGAACUCUGAUUGGUGCAUCAGCUAAUGUCGUGUGCGCCGGGCUCGCAGAACAGUAUGGAUAUCCAAUCACCUUCAACAAGUUUUUCAAGUAAUUUCUUUUUUUCAGAAUUUACAUUAUCACAGUAACACUAGUUGUCAUAGUUUAAUGGGAUUUAGUUCCCUUCUGCAGCAACGUAAGGAGCGCGUUCCCUAAUGUAGUUGCGGAAGCAGAAAAAAAAUCGUCAGGCCAUUUUUACGAUGACGACAUUUGAUUGCAACUGCCAGGAUUCAUCUCGUUUUGCUUUCUAAUUUAACCGGCCGAGGUUUAAAAAAACAGUAACUCUAAUAGGCCAUUUCCGAGUACCAAAAACUCUCACUUUCAAAACGAGACCUAGUACAAAACCUUUGUUGUGAACAUGAUUUUUAUUUGCAUGAUAAUGAAAGAUCAUUCUCAUAUCAAUAGCUUUGCCUCGCAUUGAAACAGAGGCUUGAUGCAAUAGGCAAAUAAGCCGAUGAAAGCAACAAACUGAAGGCCUCUGGUAGUCGUAGUAAAAUGACGUCAUCGUGCAAACUGUAAUUCUCCUUUAGCACGAGAAUAUCCAACUCGGCUUGCGCUUUUUGGGACAGCCGCUGACAUGACGUUGGCGAAGAGAGAUUGCAAGACAGAAAGAUUGAAUCAAACCCUUACACUGAAAUACAAUCAAGUAGAGAUGAAAAGAGAAACAUGCCCCCCCAAACCCCGCCCACCAAGCAACGCGAAUUUACCUCUGCAAUAAUCUGAUCUUAUUUCAACUUUUAUUGAUCAAUCUGACUGUUUUCUCUGCAGGGUCGGGUUUGUCAUUAUGCUUGCAACGACGACUACAGCAACGAUAUAUCUCUUGAUUGUCGAAGUUUUGCUUCCAGGAUGUGACUCAAUGUCCUGAAAGUCCUUAAACGGCAAAACUGAUGACACUCCAGUUAAAAAAUCAGGGUGCGUCGUAGUUGACAACACCCAAGCGGCUGCUACGGAUUAGCAUAUACAGCUAUCCUGGCCUUUUCCAGGCGUUAAGUUAGUUGGGAGUGGCGCGAAGUAAAAAAGGGCGCGAAAAAAUAUGAAAACGAGGGAGGGGGAGAGAGGCAAGAGAGGAUUCCCUCGCCACUCUUCCCAGUCCCCCUUUUAUUUUCCUCACUUUCUUUACUUCGCGCCCCUUUCAACUAUCUGAACGCCUCGAACAGGUUACCUAACCAUACUCAGUAGUGGUUAUCGCUCUAGAUGAAUACUGAUUCAACAGUAAAAAAAGAAAAACUAGAUUUGGGAUUACGGAAAUCACUUCAAAAUCAACUUUAACUUAACUUUUUACAGGCAAACAUAUUUAUGAGCAUUCACUAUAAAGAUACGUAAAAGAAGAAAAAAUAAGCUCAGGAACCAGGGACUUCCGAAUUACAAGCCCGGCGUGCUGCCUGGUGGGUCAUGCUAAAUGCCUCGUUUCAUAAGAGAUGAUAUGCUAAGUGAGGAAAUAUUCUUGAUAUUAAUUAUGAGUAAUUAGUUAGCAAAAUAAUCAAUUAUUCAAUAGUCGCGCGCAAAUACAAACAGUGACUAAAGUUAAAUAGGGUAGUAAAAUUUACAAAUUCUAAAGUAAAGCGGCCUCAAAUUACGUCAAGUCACAAACGCAAACAAUCGAUGCAAUAAGAAUCCCAAAUUUAGGGUGCUCUUCCUCAAUAAAAACGAAUCUGAUUUAUUAAUACAACUAGAAAUAUCCUAAAGCGCGAAAGUAACCUGAGAUCAGGCUCUAUUUUCGUGUCGCUUUGAAAAUUACAUUCCGACGGGCAGAGAAUGUAUGACAACCGCUAAAAUUGGGCCCUAUCUCAGGUUAGCGCGAAAGGUGUGGCUGGGCACGGGUUUGCCACGUAAAUAGCAAAAGAUUCCUCGCAUAAAAGUUACGUAAAGCUGCUAAUACAUUUUACUGAGAAAAACGUGAAAAUCAGAGAGAUGUGUAAGGAAAAGAACUGAGUAUAGGGUUAACUACCGAAGUAUAAGGGUUUAGUACUUUUUUAAAACGGUGAGCUUUCAUAUAAUGGGAUGAAAUUGCCAUGUAAAGUACCCUUAAAAUAGCCGAUGUCGGUAGUCAGCCUAGUGGAUACAGAACAGUAUGGAUUGUGAUUGGGAGUCAAAGGUAUAAUGCUGUCCCUGUUAGAGCUUUUGAAUUUUUACCCCCUGAAGUUAAUAAUUUCAGUUUCGACGUUGAAUUUCCAACUUGGAAAUUUUUAUUGAGGAAUUUUUACAUUUUUAGUCGGACACGACCCUAGCUGGUAUACAACCUUAAAAUCUCAACUGCUACUUUCAAAAAUGCCUAGAC